AUGGGUAUCAAUACUUCUUCCUUGAGUUUUCAACAGUGCAUGGCAUGCAAUCUUGGUGACCUGCAUGAAGCAAGUUGCUUUGUGGAUGACAUUGUUGUAUUUCGCAAUUCCUUUCAAGUUCAUUCCAGGUUCUUGGGUGACCUUGGCCGUCUGUUCCAUGCAAAUUUGAUGCUUCAAAUCAGGGCCAAGGAGGCAGAAGAAGGUGAGGGACAAGUUGAAGAAACAAUUAUAACAAUGGCGACAGUUGAUGGACUGGGUCAUUUGGCAGCAGGAGCCAACACUCGGGCAAUUCAGGGUGCUUCUCCCAGUGCUGCUGAGGCUGUUGUGGAGGGAGUGGGAGCCAUAGGGGGGUUCUCAGGCAGGGAUUGGUUUCUUCCAAGUGAUGAGAGGAACAACUUCGAUUUUGACGAGUUGCCUUCUCUUCACCAGUCCACUAUUGCUGUCUAA